AUGGCUUCAACCCAUAUUGUUGGAGUUGAUGGCGAGGGCCUAGUUUAUUAUGGGUUUGGCGGAGAGAAGAUCAUAUUGAAGUGUUUGGUGUCGCAAGAAGAUCUUCAGGCUGAACUGGGUGUGAAUUCUUGUUGGGUAAGGUAUUUAUAAUUAUCAUAACGAUAAGGGGCUUAAGCUGGGUCUUUGAAAAUUUCGGCGAUGAUCCGGCUUCAGUCUUUCCCGGCCAUUCAAAUUUGUGGCGGUCCGGUCUAGUGGGUUCUUUUUUAGGUAUACUAAUGCACUACUAGUCGUAACUAAACUUACUUGCUGGUUUCUCUCUAAAAAAUCAUGAAAAACCUAUUUUAGGUAUGCAGCUCUCCGUCCAAUGGUAUUCAUUUUAAAGCUGUGAGCUGUGCCGCUUGUAACGCUUUCUUCCGUCGAAGUAUCGCUUCACGACGCGUGUAUUUAUGCAGAAAGAAUGGGGAUUGUGAAAUCAGUAAGAAUGUGCGAUGUUUGUGCAGGGCUUGUCGACUCAAAAAAUGCGUUUUUGUAGGCAUGGAUGCAAAAGGUGUGGGUGGUUUUCAAAUUUCAACAAAAAAAGUCUAAAAAUACAAAACAAACUUUUAUUUGUUUUUCAUUUGUGUAGCAUAAUGUUGUUUUUUUAGUUGUCCAACCUCAACGUGGCCAAAUGAGCGAAAACGAUGGUGUAACGGUGAAAAAAGAGGUUUUGAAGAAAACAAUUAAAAUUGAAAAUAAGUGAGUUUGAAGAGAAAAAAAAGAAAGUUAGUAGAUAAACUAACCUUGUUUGUAAAAAAACUUUUAUACCAUUUUGUAACCGUUAGGUAUACAGUAGAACAGCACUUUAACAAACUUCUGUGUAACCAACAACUUUCUAUUUCUCGGCCAACACUACGCAACGCAUUUAAAGAAGUUUGGGUACAGAGUAAUUGUAAAUGCACUAUGUGGUGUUGGCCGAAGAUUCAAGAGUUGUUCCUUAUACGGGGCUUUGUUAUGUUUGUUAUGUAGGGUUUUCAUACUGUAUUUUUUGCAAAAAGUUAGACAAUGCAAAAGGUAAAAAAGCAAGUGAAAAGUGCGAAUUUUUUUUAAAACCUAAUAACAGUAAAAAACUUUAGAACAAGUCCGUGUUCUGAAGAUUCUACUAUGCGGUCCGACUGUGAAAGCGUUUUAUCAUUGAAGUUGUUAAGCGACAAAAGCUCUCCGUACAACGUAAGUCAACUUUUAUUUUUUUGCGAAAAAAAUUUUUUAUUUUUGCAAUUUUCUUGUCACAUACAUUACAGUAAAAUACAUUGUAGCUUCUGUAUAACACAAACUUUGUAUAAAUAACAACUUUUAACUCAUCGGCUAACACUGUAGAGUGCAUGUAAACCGCCCGUAUAACAAAAGAAAUUCCACUGUACAAAAGUUCUAAUGUACUUGACUUUUAUUCUAAAUUUUCUCAAAUCUUUUGUAACAUAGACAACAUUUUUUACAGCCCGAAAGCUUUAAAACCUGCGAUUCAAGUCCGUCCACUUCUUCCCAUUCUCACUUUCAAUUCAAAAUCAUUGACGUUGGUCUGACGGCGUAUCGUAAGCUUCUGAACCGUCGUCGAAUCAUCUACACAACCACGUCUUUAUACGAUAUGAUGGCGGGUAUUGAACCGCCGUUUCGGAAACACUGUUCGGCUGACCAUCAUCGACUCGAGAGCGCUCAAAUACGAACAUGGGUCACCAAUGCUAUCGAGUUUUUUGAUUCGUUUGCCUUUUUAAAGGAGCUUGAGGUCAAGGAGAGGUGUAACAUGUUCAAGGAGUUCUUGUUGAACUUUAUCAGUUUGGAGAAGUAUUAUCUCAGUUACAAGUAAGGUUUGGAAUGACUUGAAAGUUUUAUGAAAUUACUUAUUACUCCUGUUAUUAUUCUAGUAUAUAUUUAUACUUAUUAAUAUUAUCGUAUAUACUGAUAUUUCUAGAAUGGGUGGUGCUGUUCAGAAUCGUAUCUACUGUCAAGACUAUGUUUACAUCGACUUGAAUGAACUGAUCGAAACCACAAAUGAAAAACAAGAAACUCUAUCAAAUCCUGUAAAACAAAGUGAAAUUUAUGCUACUGGUCGAGUAAAAAAUGACAGUAUAAAGGCUUCAAGUUUAACUCACUCAGACAAACCUUUGUCUUCAACCCACCUAACCAAAGCUUCUUCUGAAUUCGUUGGAAGCUUGGUUGACAACAUUGAAACUGUAAACGCCAUUGAAAAUUCUCUGAUUCAACUUGGAACGUCUAGUCAAACAGCUGAUACAAGUAGAACAGGAGUACUUGAUAGCACAUUGAAAAUCUCUGAAAUGCCUGUAGAUACAAUCGCUACCAGUAGUGUUAACAAAAGAUUAAAGACGGACUCUGUAGGCUCAGUAGAGUCCAAUGUUUCGACUAAAACAAGUAAAAAUUUGAAGAUGGAUCAGAUGAUGGACAAAACGACAACCAACAAAAUAAACCUGCCUGACUGUAUUAAAGCUAUGGAGCUGUUGGUACGACCGAUGCAUGAGCUACAAAUGGACGACACUGAAUUCAUCUGUUGCACUGUUUCUAUCAUGUUUGAUACGAGUAGGUGUUGUUUUACAAUUUUUUUUUAUUUUUUAAUAUUUAAUUUUUCCUGAUAACUUAAGUACGUUCAGGUUUUUGAGUACCUAACCAGAAAUUUCAGAUAUUGUCAAUGCAAAUCCAGCAAUAAAAGAAUUGAGCAAAAAAGUUCGAAACCAGUUGUAUCAGGAAUGGUUCCACUACUAUGCUGCCUUAGGCUACAAUCAUGACGAAGCCGCGAUUCGAAUGGGAAAUGCGCUAUUGAUUGGACCGACGUUGAUCGAGUUUGUUAAUCAUGUCAAGCAAAACUUUCAUUUAAUGCGAGUUUUCGGCGACAGCGAUGAUUAUGAUAAGGUGCUGAAUGACAUUUUUAUGCCUUGA